AUGGGGUGCCCAGGGGUGGGCUGCCUGGCCGUGCUGGCCCUGCUGUGUGGGGCUCUCGGGGAUGCUCCCAGCAGAGGCAUCAAAUGCGGGGGGGUGCUCUCAGCCCCCUCUGGUAACUUCUCCAGCCCCAACUUCCCCGGCCCGUACCCCUACGAGACAGAGUGCACGUGGCUGAUCGUGGUGGCCGAGGGCUCCUCCGUGCUGCUCUCCUUCAGCCACUUCUUGCUGGAGUACCACGCUGCCUGUGCCUAUGACUACCUCCAGGUCUACAACGGAGCCACCCAGGACCGGGGCAACCUGCUGGGCACGUUCUGUGAGUGCCAGGAGGUGUUCACCACCAUCAGAGGGAAUUUCACCAGCCCUCGGUACCCCAGCUUCUACCCCAACAACCUCAAGUGCCAGUGGAGUAUCCAGCUGCCUCUGGGCUACCGAGUCAAGGUCUUCUUCUUGGACAUGGAGCUGGAGGGCAGGAACAGCCUGACAGGGAGCUGUGACUAUGACCACCUGGCUGCCUUCGACGGCGGCAACGAGAACGGGUCCCUGCUGGGGCGUUGGUGUGGGUGGGAGAGCCCAGCACCCAUCACCUCCCACCACAACCAGCUGCUGCUGGUCCUCCACACCGACCGCAACACGGCCAAGAGGGGUUUCUCCAUUGCCUACAUGGGAGUUGUGCCCAUGAACGUCAGCUGCACCCGGACAGACUUCCACAUCCAGAUCCCCGUGCAGAGCGUGGCCCAGCUGGAGAGGAAUAGGAUUUAUCUGGGGACACCCUCCUGCAUGGCCCAGGUGGUUGGUGGGAACUUCAAAAUACACACGAGGUUCGACACCUGCGGCACCGAAUCCCAGAAGCGCAACAACACUUCCAUCAUCGUCAGCACCCUCUACAUGGAUUUUUCGGUGGGCGACCAGGAGGACAUCCACCAGUAUGAGGUGCAGUGUGAGCCCAAGAGGAAGGAAGCCUCAGUGACCCUCAUCGCUGGCCCCGACCCGUCCAGGCUCAGCCAGGCAGAAAGCCUGGUGGAUGCCCAGCAGCGGGAGGGGGGAGCGACGGACGCCCGUGAGAUCAGGAGCCAGGACACCAGUGACAUCGUCUUCAUCAGCAUCUGCAUCCUGGCCGGGCUCCUCAUGGUGGUUGCGGUGGUGGGGCUGGUGCUUCUGUAG